AUGACUAUUUUACAAUUCGAAAGAUUAUUAGAAUUAGUGCAAGAACCUCUAACAAAAAAAAUUCAUGGUUGCAAUAUGCAAACUAUUGCAUGGAACUUUUACGUGUUAAAAUCAAUUGUGAGCAAGGUUAUCCGUGACAUUUGCAAGAUUAUAUGGGAUUAUAAAUUAUCGCCUAUGUAUUUGCCAAGACCUACUAUGAAUGAUUUCAAAAGGUAUUCACGAGAUUUCCAAAAGUUGUGGAACAUGCCGAAUUGUUUCGGAGCGAUUGAUGGGAAGCACAUCGUUAUACAAGCUCCUUACAAUACUGGAACCAGUUUUUUCAAUUAUAAAAAAACAUUCAGUAUCGUAUUAAUGGCAGUUUGUGACGCUAAGUACAUUUUUACUCUUGUUGAUGUUGGUGCUUUUGGUUCACAAAAUGACGGAGGAGUUUUUAAAGAAACGGCUUUUGGAAUAGCUUAUAACAACGAAGUGGAAAUACCAGACAACAGCUGUUUACCGAGAAUUGACAUAAAGUUUCCAUAUUAUAUAGUUGCAGAUGAAGCGUUUCCUUUAAAGAGCUAUAUUAUAGCGACCAUAUCCUAG